AUGACAAAAGGUGGGUCGAGUGUAGCCGAGGAUGCUCAACUACGGGCUGCAGAUACAUUUGAGGAGGCGCAAACAUUGCUGGAUGUAAUGCUCAAGCAGUUUCAUACGAUGGAAAGAAAUAGAACGGAUCCCUUUAUUUCCAAGGUAGUAAUUGCAGGCGAAUUAAAGGAGGACUCCUCGCGUCCAUUUUCCCAGGUGUUUCAGGAACUGAUCGAUGCAGCUACAGUUAAGAGUCGAAACCCAUUGAGCGAGCAGAGUUGCCCCCCUUCACCACCGUCGGGUAUCUUUCUCGAUUAUGGGACACACUUUGUUGGGCUCUUUGAAGCGGUUGAUCGAUAUGUGGCUGAACUUUUGAUACUCAUGGACGCCGAAUGCAAGUCUACGGAGGAACCUAUUUUCUCUGACGUGCGGGUGCUAUAUUUAAAUGACGAUGUCGUUCCACUUGGUGGUCAAUACGUUUGUUUUGUAGAUAAGAUUCCUGGGGUUGUAGCCCAGUCUGAAAAGGUGGACGUACCUGAAGAUGUUAUUGCGGAGAUGGUCGCAGAUGACGUACGUAAGCUUACGAAGUUACUUUCGCUUGUCCUUUCAGAAGGCGUUUCUAAGAGAAAAAAUUUUUUGGACAACGCGAGGACGAGCCACCCAACUCUUUUUCCAAACACGUCGUCUCUGAAAAUGUAUGUGAAGAGUGACCUUUUCUUGACACUGGACGAAUACCAUCGUGUUUUUGGUAAACUACCCGAGUUGGUCAGGGAUGUUGAAGUUAACCACCCUGUUGAUCAGCCGUUGAAGUAUUAA